AUGAUAUCAUCUUACUCUCCCCCGUGGGAGAGUCACAUGACCCCCGUUAGGGUGAGGAGGGGGAGUCAGAGCGCCUCAAUGAAAACCACAUGGAGGGAGGAGAGAGCUGAACAGGGACAGAAGAAACACAGAGCAGCUGGAGCAAGGACUGCAGAACCAGGACCAGGACCAGGACCAGGACCAGGAAUAGGAGCAGCACCAGAACCAGGACCAGGACCAGGAGCAGGAGCAGCACCAGAACCAGGACCAGCACCAGAGUCAGGAGUAGGAGCAGCCCAGUCCAGAACCAUGUCAGAGUCCAGCAGAAGGAGAAGCUCCAGCAGGCAACUUCUGCAGAACCUCAUCAGGGUGACGGCGCAGCGCAGCCAGGAGGAUGCUGAAGAGGUGGAACGUGAACGGAGGAGGAGAGCCAGGGAGAAGCAGCGAGGAGAGGGAAGCCCCUCCUGGCCGGAGCCCCUCCAACACAACGAACGCACACACAACACGGAGUCGGACGAGGAGCUGAAGCCCAGCUGCUGCUUGGUUCUGGAGGAGGAUGAGGGCUUCAGCGACUGGAGCAACAGGCUGGAGAACAGAAACGAGCAAGAGGUUCAGGACGACUGCAGGACCAGACGGCUGAGAGCUUCAGCACCAGCAGAACCUGAGAAGGAGAAACAUCAGGAGGAAGAAGAGCAGCAGGAGGACGGAGGAGAACCAGAACGAAGCAGCUGGAAACAUGAAGCUUCAACAAGACCUGCAGAGAAGACGUCCAGCAACAAAAAGGAAACCAGGACGUCUUACAGCUCAUCGGUCUUCCUGCAGCAGGACACCAGACUGCAGCACGUCACUGGACAACCAGCUGACCGGACGUCCUACCUGGCUGCAGGGACGAUGAGGCCACGUGGAGGAGCCUGCAGGAUGGAUGAGGAGGGGGAGCAGGAGGUGCAGAGGGAGGAAGAGGAGGAAAUGCAGCCGACUUUGCAGAGAGAGUGGAGGACAGCAGAAACCCGACAAACCCUCCAAGAUGAGGAAGAUCAGGAGGAAGAAGAGCUGAACUUCACACAUGAAGAGAAGGAAGACUUCAGCUUAAAGAAGAGGGAGCAGAGAAACGAGGAAGAAGAAGAAGAAGAAGAGGAGGAGCAAAGGAUAAAAAACAAGAGAUCGGAGGAGAGCAGCGACCGGAGGAGUGAGGAAAUGACCAGAAGAUCAGCAGCUUCUCUGUGCAGCAGCAGUGAAGGAGAAGAGACUUUAAACUGUUACGGCCCCAUGAGUCCAACGUUUAAGAAACUCCUCAUACAGUUUUACCCAGAUGAAGUGAACAGCAGAGUCUCAGCAGACGGAAAAUGUACGAUCACAGAGAGAACAGAGUCUCUGAGGAGAAGCACCAGCAGCAUAAAGAAGACGCCUCCUCCUGGUCCUGUUUCCAAGAUUGACAAGAAGCUGGAACAGUACACACACGCUCUGGAGGUCUCCUGUAAGGAAGGCAGGUCAGGCUGUCAGCUGCUGACGGACCUGACGAGUCCCUCAGAACCAGUCGCAUCCAAGAAGAGCCUGUUUGAAGCCGGAGAAGCCUGGAACCAGAACCCCGUCUCAGUCACACCGUCCAAGGAUGCAGACGUUUUAAAAGUCGGCGUGGCUGAUCUGAUCCAUCAGUGGGUGAAAGGAAGUGAAGAUGGAAGCAGGUGCAGCUCGCCGUCCAAACCAGCAGAAAUAAAACCUGGAGGUGUUUUGAACAAGAAGAAUUUAUGGGAGAGUCUUGGUGACACUUUGUCUCCAGGGAGAGAAGGAAAGGAGAGCUCCUCUGGCAAAAGAUAUAAAUUCGUGGUGGCCGGUCAUGGAAAGUAUGAGAAGGUUUCUGCAGACAGCGACUGCAGCGAAAACUACCAGUCAGGCGGACAGUUCUAUGAAGAUUUGUGAAGCUCAUGUUUGGAUAACGGGGUAAAAAAUAAAUCAGCCACUCUGACUUCACCGUUCUGUGUUUCAGGCUUAAGGUUGGAAAAGCACUUAAAAGAGAAUUCUUGUUUAUUUCAACCUGAUGUACUUCUCAUUAAUGUGCCUGUUUCUUUCCACUCCAAACCUUCACUGUGGAUAAAUGAGAAAACAGGAAGAUGAGGGUUUAUCAGACGAACAAAAUGAGCUUCCUUCAGCUCUACAAAGAAAAAUGAUUUUUACACAAAUCUUUGAAAUGUUUGUUUUCAGUCUGACUGUAGUUAAACACAGAAAUGAUCCGUCUGGAACGAACAUCUGACUAACUGCAUAAGAGAUCUCCAUCUGGGGAUACUUGACCUGAUCUCCAGCUUAUUCAUCUGAGUUUGUUUACAUCCGAUUUCCACUGUGAGAUGAAGACAACAAGACGAACUGGUUCGCUCACUGAGGAGGGAAACUUUGCUGUGCGGUUCUUGGAUGAGAGUAAUUCCAGCUGUGGGAAUACGACUAAUGAAUUUACAGCUUUGAUAAACAUCCUAGAGACGGUGUUUCAUCUUCACAAAAUCAACUGGAAGAAAAGACUGAGAGCAGCUGGAGCAACAAUCAGCUUCACCGUACUGUCAGUGAAAAUAAUGCAGUUAGCAAGAUGACCAUUUCUGUUUACUGUUAGUCAGACUGAAAACAAAUGUUCAAAAUGAUUUAUUGAGAAAGUAAAAGUCUUUCAGUAGGAAGCCCCUGAUAACUGCAUGGAGCCUUAAGUUACAUCAACACCUGAAGUCCCAGUUAAUCGAUUAGUUGGAUUCAUGCCACUUAUUCUGAUAAUCAAAUGGUUUGGCUCUAUUUUUUUAGAGAGAAAAAAUGAUGAAAUUGCAGCUUUUUAAACUUGAUUAUUUCCUGCUUUCUUUCCUCCUCUGUGACAGUAAGCUGAAUGUCUUUGAUCAACAUUUUUCUCCAUUUUCUCGAGAAAAUAAUCAACAGAUUAACCGUCAAUACGGAGGUCCUCCACUUACGUUGGAGUUCUGUUCCUACGGCGCAAUGCAAGUCGAUUUUUGGCAAAAAUGUAAACAAAGCCGUUACCUGCAUCAUGAUAUCGAUCAGUUCUUUGGAAAAGUCAUGAAUACUAAUGAUAAUUUCACUUCCAUGGAGGUGACUGCCAUCAGAAGAGUCUGACUUACAUUUGGGAGCCAUAAUGAAGGGCAAAAAGUUGGUGAAUAUAUCACAAUCAAGGUGGUGUCCAAGCAGCGAAUGUAAACAAAUCCGUCUUAUAGCGCCGCGUGACGACGUGUUCGUCUACGCCACUCACCAACUACAGUCAGCCAAAAUAAUGUACACACAUCAGAAGACAAAAGACUUGCAUACAUAUUUAAUUUGUUUAAGUACUUCCAUACAUACAGAUACCUCCUUCAAAGUUUGAUCAAAUUCCAAUAACGCUGUGUACGGUUGUCCAAUGUUUUCCCAACAGGCGGACACUUUGGUAACGCAGUAGUUCGCCGUACACAUAAAUGUCUGGAGCACCUCUUGUAAUCGUAGAGGCCAAAGGUAAUUUGUAUCAAUCUUGUGAUGUCUGAAUAAAUUUGGUGUUGAAAUAUUAAUACAAGCUUUUCUUUUCCUGAUGUGUGUAAACAUUAUUUUGGCCGACUCUGUAGUUCCACGUAACCAGUUCAGACAUAACAACAAAACGCCGUAGGUCGAGGACGUCGUAACCGAGGACCCCCUGUAUAAAUAAUCCUAUGAAGCAGCCUAAACCACAGCAGCCACAUUCAUGAGAAAAAUGGCAGGUUGACAUGAACCAGGAUCCUCCUUUAACCCUCCUGUUGUCCUCAUUUAUGGGCACCAAAAAAUAUUGUUUACUCGUCUGAAAAAAAUCCAAAAAAUUCUGCCAAAAAUUCCCCAAAUUUCUGAAAAUUUGCAAAAUCUUAAGGAAGAAAAUUCCAAUAAUUCAUUAAAAGUUUUCUUCUAAAAAAAACCCCCCAAAUUUGGCAAGAAAAUUCUUGUAAAUAUUUUCAAAAAAUGAGUAAAAAUCUUCCCAAAAAAUCCUGAAAAUCACUAAGGUGAUUACUUAUAAAUCAGUAAAACUUCUAAUAUUUUCUUUAGGAAUAUUCACAUAAAAAUCAACCACAAUCCAGCAAAUUUCACAAAUUCCACCAAAAAUGUUGAAAAUGUGGAUAUCAGAAGUUUCACUGUAAAAAUAUCUAUUUUUCCCACAUUUUCAAACUUUAAAAGGAGUAACUUCUGACCCGCAGGACAACAUGAGGGCUAAAUCCUGGCACUUCCUGUAACUCUUUGUUCUAAUUCUGCAAAAUGUAGUGAAGCAAAACAUCUGAUUAUAUUCAUAGAUUCUCAGUCAUCCUGGUUUUAGUAAAACGAAGAGCUUCAGUCAGACACCUGGACUUCUGUGUUUGGUUCUUGACGCUGUUUUACCUUCGUUCAUGUGAACUGAAGAGAACUGAAGACGCCUUUUCAGUUCACUUCAGGUCUCAAGUCCAGUUUCUUUGUACUGCAGCUCUUGAUGUUGGCAGGUGAAUGUUUUCCUGUUUAGUCUGGACAUGUAUUUCUUUCAUCCUGUGAAUGACGUCUCAGUGUAUGUCUUAAUGUAUCUUUGAUUACCAUGAAAUAAAUUCCAUGUAACUGA